AUCAGCCAAGACGAAUUCGAGUGCAUGACCUCCUCUCAAGUGCCCAACUCCACACGAACUCCUUCCCCUGAUCUGGCGGAGCAAGAGGCGCUUGAUGUUAUCGAUCCACUCAGACACCUCAGGAAACCAGACGACGAUGGUGACAUCGUACCGAGCCAGCCACCUUCCAUCCUCAAUGAUACCACAUGUCUGACGUUCCCCACGUAUCCAGUCCAGGCCGGCGAGCAUGAUCGAGUGACGAUCUCGCUGCGCGUUGAUGCAUCCCCAGGCUGCGGGGGCAUCGCAUGGCCGGCUGGACAGGCAGGCAGAUUUCUGCCAUCUGUGCUGUCUGAUUACCUUGUUCUGCGGGGCUCCUCCUGGCUCAAAAACCGCCAAGUCCUGGAGCUAGGCAGUGGUACUGGACUAGUUGGCCUUGUCGCAGGAAAGCUCGGCGCAGAUGUCCACAUCACCGAUCAAAAACAAUUACUUGACAUCAUGAACAAAAACGUUGAAAUCAAUGAUCUUCAAUCGAGGGUCACAGUGUGCGAGCUGAACUGGGGGGACAAGCUGCCCGACGUCCCUCGCCCUAGCAUCGUCCUGGCCGCGGACUGCGUAUACUUCGAGCCUGCAUUUCCGCUGCUGGUGCAAACCCUGUGCUCUCUCGGAGAUUCAAAGGAUGUAGAGAUUCUUUUCUGCUAUAAAAAGAGACGCAAGGCGGAUAAGCGCUUCUUCGCCAUGCUUAAGAAGCAUUUCACCUGGAAAGAGGUCAUGGAUGAUCCAAACCGAGACGUAUACUCUCGAGAGGCUAUCUCCCUUCUGACAUUGAGCAGAAAGCUGUGA